AUGGGCAAGAACAGUAUGAGAAGGAAAAGUGUGGGCAAGAACGUCGGUGUGGGCAAGAAAGUGCAAAAAAGGAGGUCGAUCAGCACUGCUGUGAAGAAGAGAACCAAGCUACAAGUAGAAAAGUUAAACAAAAGUAGCGAGAUGAUGAUACCGACAUUGCUACGCGAGACAGGUGCACAAGAACCAGCUAAAAGAAAGACUGAGUCCACUUUGAAAGCUGGGGACCUGAUCAAGGACCAGGAAAAGGAUUCCAAGGUACGAGAACACAUUCAAAUGGAAAAAUCAAAAACAAAUGACAACAUGCUGAAGCAGAUUGAAAUGAUAUCCGGGUUUUCCUUAUAA